GGAGACGUCUACCCGAGGGCUGGGACAAAGAGAAGUUACGCGGGGCACAGCUGCUCCGUCCCCCGGCUGCGCUCCUCGUUUGAGCCGGGGGGGCGGUCCCUGCCCCGGGCAGCGGGCGAGCCCCCGGCCGGGCCGGCUGCUGCGGGGGCGGCGGCGGGGCGGCUGCCGGAGGGCUGAGCUCCGCCGGCCGGCGGGAGGAGGCUGCAGAACCCUGCCGCUGGAGCGGCCGGAGCCGCCGCCCCUUUCCGUUUCGUUUCCCGGCCGUGUCCUUCCUCCGGCGCCAUGUCCCGGGCGGGUGCGGCGGCCGGGCUGGAGGAGGAGCUGACCUGUCCCAUCUGCCUGGGCAUUUACAGCACCCCCGUGUCCCUGGGCUGCGGGCACAGCUUCUGCCGGGGCUGCAUCCGGGAGGCCGGUAGCCGGCAGCCGUUCCCGCGGGGACCCUUUAGCUGCCCGCUCUGUGGCUUCCUGUUCGACCCCGCCAUGGAGCCGCAGCCCAACGUCCAGCUCCGCAGCAUCGUGGAGAAGUUCGUGGACCAAGAGGAGAAGGAGGAGGAGGAAAGUCUGGGCCAGCAGGACAAGGUGAUCCUGUGCGAUUUCUGCCUCCAGGAGCCCCAGGCUGCCGUGAAGACCUGCCUGAGCUGCGAGGCCUCCCUCUGCCAAGCCCACCUGAGCAAGCACAGCUCAAAGAGCCCCCUGAAAGACCAUGUCCUGAUGGAGCCCUGUGGUGCUCAGGUUUUGGCUGAGAGGAAAUGCCUCCAGCACGGCAAAGUGCUGGAGUGCUACUGCAAGACGGAUGCAGUCUGCCUCUGCGUGCUGUGCUGUGUCACCAGCUCCCACAAGAACCACGAGAUCGCCACCUUGGAGGAGGCUUUUGCCCAAGGGCAGAGUGCUUUAGCUGGAAUUCUGGAAACAGUGAAAACAGAAGAAGCUGCGCUGGAUCAAAGCAUAGCAAACCUGCUGGAACAGGAGGGGGAAGUAAAGAGUAAGGAGAGCCUGAGGAGGGAUCGGCUGGAGAGCCUCUUCGGAAAGAUGCGUCUGCAGCUGGAUAACAGAAGAAGAAAGGUCCUGAAAGUUCUCAGUGACAACGAGGAGCAACAGCUUUCUCAGAUUCAGAUGCAGAUACAAAAAUACAAAGAGAAGAAGGAUGCAGCCAGCCAGGAUGUACAGAAGCUAGAGGCUCUGAAAGAUCAGAAAGACCGACUUCUUUUCACCAAGGCUUUCGCAGCGAUUUCAGACAGGAAACGCACGUCAGUUCCUAAGGAAGCUCACGUACAACUGCUAGCGCCACCCGUUAUUUUGGAUGAAUUAACAACAGAUGCUGUUCUAAGGCUUUUCAGGCAAUUCCUCUCAGACAUGCAGUCCUUAUUUGAAGCACCACCUGUUCAUGAACAUCUGACUCUUGAAGCGUGUGGAUUAGGGUUUCCUCAGAGUUGCAAGGUAGUCUCGGCACCCCCACGCAGUUCUCCGCAAUAUCAGAAAUUACCGUUUGGAAGCUUUGAUACCCCCAACCACAGGUCAACUGGCUUUACAUUCCAACCCAAUAUUUUCCAAUCUGCGUCACCAGCUUUGGAAAGCACCUAUGCCACCCAAUGCAGGAAGAGUGCCCAGAGCUUCUCAGAGGGCUGUCACUUCUGGGAGGUGGACACCAGCAAUGCAAGGUGCUGGAAGCUCGGAAUUAUUUGUGGCAACUUUCAGUGCUGCCUGGAAAAGUCUUAUGAUUACCUCCUUGUGUUCCUCGGUCAAACAGAGAUCACAAAAAAGAACUCUGCUAUAACUCUCACAGUGGUCAGGGUAGAACUAGACUGCAGAAGAAAUACACUGUCAUUUUAUAACGCAUCUGUUAAGGAUGCAGAUCCUCACAAGAGCCUUAUAGAGACAAUAAGCAUCCCUUUGAACUAUCCCGUCCAUGCUAUCUUUGGCACGUCUGAUGGCUCUUUGGAGCUCCUGUAGUGAUGUGGGGACAAGGUGCUGUUUCGUAUUUCCAGGCCCAGCUACUGCGACUGCUACUGGGUGGAGGCUGUGCUAAGCUGGCAUAUUAGAAAUGGGGUUUUGGGCUGCUGUGAUGGCUCAUCGGUGUGAGGGCAAGGCCUCUGUGGGGUAUAUCACCCUGCUGCUUACCGCAAGAGCUCCUAUCCUAUUUGUUCAGUUAAUCAUGAUGGAAAUACCAUUAAGUUGCAAUUUUUGCUUGGCUGUAUCAAAUGCUGUGUUGGGUGC